AUGGAGACCCUGGCGAUGGAGCCGCUGUUGCCCACCGAAUACGGGGGCGAGGAGCCCACACCUUUUGUCGCACUGACUCAGCCCAUCAGUCAUGCGCAAUAUGAUGGCUUCUCAGUCUCCGCACACACAGAAAUUGGUAUGAUUCCAGACGAAAUUUCCUUCAUACGGCGUGCAGGGGAUCGGAAGGCGCAGGAAGACCGUUUCAUCGUGGUACCUAAUCUUGGUAGCAACGGAAAUCAGGUCGCUUUCUUUGGGGUGUUCGACGGCACUGUUGGUCAUUUCGCCUCCGACACUAUCCAGAAGAUCAUCGUGCGACACCUGGUGUCUACCGAUGUGUGGGCUGCCCUAAUGAGGCAGCUGGAUGCGGGAGAGGAUGACAGAACAACGAUUCCCGCAUUGGCGGUGCUGGCCGUAUCUAAAAUGUACUCCAACGCAGAUGCAGAACUGCUGGAGCUAUGUCGCAAGCAGGACAACCAUUAUUCAUCCUGCACUAGCGUAACUGUUCUGCUUGUCAACGACUACACCAUAGUAGCCCAUGUGGGUGAUAGCCGUGUUUCAUUAUGUUACGAGGAGGGCGGGCAGGUGGUCGCUCGCUUCGUCACCACCGACCACAAACCGAAUUUGCCUGCGGAGAGGCGUCGAAUUCAGGAUUCCGGGGGCUCGGUGCAAUACCUGUCUAGCCAUCACAACAAGCCAUUUUUGCGUGGUGGCGACUUCUUGGUUCGCAAGGCCAAGGGCGAGCAACCGAUGCAAAUCCAGUAUUCCCGCGCGUUUGGGGGCAAAGACCUCAAGAUGUUUGGGCUCAGCUGCGAGCCUGAUAUCGCAGUUUUCCGCCGAGAGGGCCAACACAAGGGACUCGUCCUUGCCUCGGACGGUCUCUGGGAUGCCAACGAGUGUCAGAAGGUUUUCAGCACCUUAUUUUACGCCAGACGCAAAGGAGAGAAUCCGAGCCGUAUGAUCGUAGACAACACUCUCAAGCAGCUCAAGUGCACAUCUCGCAGGUCGGACAACAUCACCGCCGUCGUGAUUUUUUUCGAAUAA